AUGGCCAAACCAAUCCUCAUCUCAGGCGGCGGACUCUCAUCCCUCCUCCUCGCGCAAUCCCUCCUCACCCACAACAUCCCCUUCCUCAUCUUCGAGCGCGACAGCUCGCUCUCCUUCCGCGCCCAAGGCUACCGUCUCCGCCUGUCAACCGAGGGCCUCGACGCCAUACAAUCGGUCCUCCCGCCAGAAGCAUGGCAAGAAUUCUGGGACACAUGCGGUAAAACCGGCGGAGGCGGAUUCGCGGCCCUAGACGCCAUCACCGGCGAAAAGAUUCCCGACAGUGGCGUCAACACGCCGCCGCAGAAGGAUGAACAAGUAUCGCAGGCAGAGACCAAGAUCAAGGAGACGCUGCACUCGCGCGACGGCAAAGUAGUUGGUAUUGCGCGCGGCGAAAUGCGCAAGCUGUUCCUCAAGGGGUGCGAGCCCUACAUCAAGUGGGCGCACAAUGUCACGGGCUACGAAAUCACACCAUCUGGCGUAAGGGCCAUAUUCGCAGACGGCACCAAGAGCAUCGAGGGGGAGAUGCUCAUUGCCGGAGAAGGCAUUCACUCCAAAGUAGCGAAGCAGUUAUCAGGGGGCAAAUUAAAAGUCUACGACACAGGCGCAAGAGGCAUUCACGGCCAAGCACCCACCACGGCGUUCAAACAACUCGGCGAAGGAGUAUGGCGGCUCGUGGACAACACAAAGCCCAACGGACGCGUGUUUGUCAUUACAAACGUGCGCUCCGGCGACAUGCACGACGCAGACAUGCAAUUCGGAUGGACAAUGGGCGCGCAACCUGGUGUAAUUAACGCUCCAAACGACGACUUCUCACUGAUCGGCGAGCCGGCCGCCAAGAUUGCAAAGGACCUCACGAAGGAGUGGCACCCCAAGCUGAAGCCAUUGUUCGACGAGAUGCAGGUCUCCGAAGCGGCAUUUUGGAAAAUCACCUGCUCCACACCGUCUGGCGUGCCGGAGUGGGAGAACGAGCCGCGCGUGACGGUGAUAGGGGAUGCGGUGCACUCGAUGACGCCGGCGGGGGGGAUUGGUGCGAAUACCGCGGUGAGGGAUUCGGCUUUGCUGGGGAGGUUGAUUGGCGAGGCGGGCGGGUUUAGGGACGGGUUGACGAAGGAGUAUGAGAGGGAGAUGAGGGUUUAUGGGAGUGAGGCUGUGGGCAUUAGUUACGGGUUGGCGAAGGCGCAGUUUGGGGUGUUGAUUGAUGAGGAUUCUGCGACUUUGUAG